GUUUAUAUGCUAACUUUUCAAUAUUUCAUUUAAUUUAAACUCGAUUAAGCUUUUAAAAAAAAUCCAUGUCUAAUACUGAAAGUGUAAAUGGACAAGAUGAUGUUCAAGACAGAAAGCAGAAGAAACAUGACAGUGGAGCUGCAGAUCUAGAAAGAGUUACUGACUGGACAGAAGAAUCUGAAAUUUCAAAAGAUAUUUCAAAUGCUGUGAAUCUUUUUGCAGAUAAGCGUAACAAAGAACAUGAAGAGAAGUUAGCAAAAGAACAUGAACUUCAGAAAAUUCAAGUUAAAAAGGAACAUUUGGAACUAGUUAUGACAGAAUUGGAAGUGUCAACUACAACAGGUGAAAAAGCUCUUCGUGAAAGUAAAGGCGAUGUUGUGCUUGCAUUAAAAAAUCUAAUAAAAGUAGCUGAAAAAGUUAUUGACCUAGAUCUAGAAAGAGUUACUGACUGGACAGAAGAAUCUGAAAUUUCAAAAGAUAUUUCAAAUGCUGUGAAUCUUUUUGCAGAUAAGCGUAACAAAGAACAUGAAGAGAAGUUAGCAAAAGAACAUGAACUUCAGAAAAUUCAAGUUAAAAAGGAACAUUUGGAACUAAUUAUGACAGAAUUGGAAGUGUCAGCAACAACAGCUGAAAAAGCUCUUCGUGAAAAUAAAGGCGAUGUUAAAAUUCAAGUUAAAAAGGAACAUUUGGAACUAAUUAUGACAGAAUUGGAAGUGUCAACUACAACAGGUGAAAAAGCUCUUCGUGAAAGUAAAGGCGAUGUUGUGCUUGCAUUAAAAAAUCUAAUAAAAGUAGCUGAAAGAGUUAUUGACCUAGAUCUAGAAAGAGUUACUGACUGGACAGAAGAAUCUGAAAUUUCAAAAGAUAUUUCAAAUGCUGUGAAUCUUUUUGCAGAUAAGCGUAACAAAGAACAUGAAGAGAAGUUAGCAAAAGAACAUGAACUUCAGAAAAUUCAAGUUAAAAAGGAACAUUUGGAACUAGUUAUGACAGAAUUGGAAGUGUCAGCAACAACAGUUGAAAAAGCUCUUCGUGAAAAUAAAGGCGAUGUUGUGCUUGCAUUAACAAAUCUAAUAGAAGAAGCUAAUUUUAAGAAGGCAUUUAAUUUAACACUGUCAAAUUUAAUGAAGCAAAACAUUGUAGUUUUGCCUACUAAAAAUGAUGAAAGUUUUUAAAUAAAAAAAGGAAACCCAGGAGGUAAGGACAUCAAUUUUUUUCAAUUUUCUUCGAAUAAAGGUUUUCAUUUGUAAUUGUGCCAUGAAAUCUAAGUUAUUUAUCUACCUCCUAUGCCUACCGUGUUCUUCAUAUAAUAAAAUAAAAAAAAAAGAAUUAUAUUUACUCCUGUAAUAAGCUGAAAUGAAUAACGAGAAAAUGUUACGAAAUUAAUUCCAUCAAUUUAUUCGCCACUUAAAUUUGAGUGUUUAUGCAAUAAUAAAAUAUCAAAACAUAAUACAAAGUUCUGCAAUUUUUUUUCAUGAUAUGUUAUCAAAUUCCACCGCAAAAUUAAUUUUAUGUGAACUUAAUAGUAAAAUAAAGUUAUAAUUUUAACCUCCACCUUACCCUAUCACCCAUCUUAUUCUUAGUAU